UUCAAUGAACUUCCAGUCCACAAGGUGGCAUAAAACAUCAAAUUACGAAAAAACGUCCAGAAAGUCAUCAGUGUGCGCAAAUCUAGUUGAGGGUGGUGAGCUGAAGAGGAUGAGUUGUUACAAUGUCUGCAGCCAGUUGUCUGGGCACCCCACCCCAUGACCCACCAUGAGCCAGUGCUGGCAGCCCUGGUCUUGUUUGAAAAUGAAUACGGCUCCUUAACUGGGCCAGCCACCAAAUUAGAGCCCUUGCACAGAGUAACAUCUUGAGUAUGACUCUGACAUCAGCACUUGUUCCUAUCUCUUUCUGUCCCUUGCCUGGACAGCACACACAGACAUGUCUCACCGUAAAUUCCACGCGCCCCGCCAUGGGCACAUGGGCUUCCUGCCCUGCAAGCGCAGCAAGAAGCACCGGGGGAAGCCCCGCAGCUGGCCCCAGGACGACCCCAGCCAGCCCGUCCACCUCACCGCCUUCAUGGGCUACAAGGCCGGCAUGACCCACAUCCUGCGUGAGGUGCACCGCACUGGCCUGAAGCAAGCCAAACGUGAGUCUGUGGAGGCGGUCACUAUCAUCGAGACUCCGCCUGUGAUGGUGGUGGGGGUUGUUGGGUACAUCGACACAGUCCGUGGCCUGAGGUCCUUCAAGACCAUCUUCGCUGAGCACCUCAGUGACGAGUGCAAGCGCAGAUUCUACAAAAGCUGGUACAAGAGCAAGAAGAAGGCAUUCACCAAGUAUGCCAAGAAGUGGACAGACGAGAGUGGCAAGAAGCAGCUGGAGAAGGACUUUAAUAACAUGAAGAAAUACUGCUCAUCCAUCCGGGUCCUCAUCCACACUCAGAUUCGCCUGCUGCCCCUCAAAGCUAAGAAGGCCCAUAUCAUGGAGGUGCAGCUGAACGGCGGCACCAUCUCUGAGAAGGUGGACUGGGUCAAGGAGAAGCUGGAGCAGCCCGUCCCUGUGUCCUCAGUCUUCUACCAGGAUGAGAUGAUAGACGUCAUCGGGGUCUCCAAAGGUCAUGGGAUGAAAGGUGUGACCAGUCGUUGGGGAGUAAAGAAACUGCCCAGGAAGACUCACAAGGGCCUCCGUAAGGUGGCCUGUAUCGGAGCCUGGCACCCUUCCCGUGUGGGCUACACCAUCGCCCGUGCCGGCCAGAAGGGCUACCACCACCGCACAGAGCUCAACAAGAAGAUCUACCGUAUUGGCAAAGGGAUCCAUGUCCAGGAUGGCAAAGUGAUCAAGAACAACGCUUCCACUAACUGGGCAUGAAACCAGUACCAGAAGACUAGUCACGCCCAUGGGAGGGUUCCCCCACUAUGGUGACGUGAAAAAUGACUUCUUGAUGCUGAAGGGCUGUGUGAUCGGCUGUAAGAAACGUGUCCUCACCCUGAGAAAGUCCAUGCUAGUGCACACAUGCUGCCACGCAAGUCCAAGGAAAUCCAUCGACCU